CUUGUGUGCGUUGAUUGAUUUCAAAAUGCUGCACGUGAUUCUGGUCCUCGCUGGAGUUUGUACAGUCGGCAUUGCUAUGCCUUUACCAGAUUUUUACUCCUACUCACCUGAAGCGGGUGAUGGCAGUGGAGUGAUGUACUCUUCUGCACAUGAAGGUCGUAUCACUGGAAUCAGAGUCUGGGAGUACCCCAGUGAAUACAUUGCUGGGAUCCAGCUGCAAUAUAAUGGCAACUGGACAGACCUGAUUUGUGCAAUUUAUGGCACUCCAAUGGAGAUGACACUAUCUGACAAUGAAUACAUCAUGGAGGUUGCUGGAAAGUAUGGCCCAGGUUACGUCUAUGAGAUCAUGUUUGUCACUAGCCGUGGGAGAUCAUUAAAAGUAGGGCAACCUUAUGGCACCUCAUUUAACUUCUUCCCAACCCAUGAUGGAAGUGAACUACGUUUAUUAAGUGGGCGGCAUAACGGAUACGGCAUCACCUCCAUCGGAGCUCACUGGGCUGUUUACAACACUGACAGCAGUGUAACACCUUAAAACUCACUUCAGUUCAGUCUGUUGAUUUUGUUUAC